AUGAACAGAAGAGAAGUGAACGAGCAACAGAAAAAUAAAUGGCAAGGAAGAAUGAAAAACUGCAAGAGAAUGGUAAGAAAGACCAACAAGAAAAGAAGAAGCAAGGAAGACAAAAUGAAUGACAAAGAAAAACGAAUAGAAGAUGAACAAAGAAAUAAAGUGAAUGAACAACAGAAGAAGCAAAUGACAAGAAAGGAAGAAAAACUGCAAAAUAAUAGUGAAGAAGGCCAACAAGAAAAGAAGAAGCAAAAAGACAAGACAAACGGCAAGAAAAGCAUAUGGUAA